AGAGAGACGCAGCUCUUACCUGACGCCGGCCGCACCACGGCAUAUCCUCAAUAAAGACAGCGUUAGCAUCCUGCUAACAACAACAGGUGCACGAGCCGCCGCCAUGUUCGCCUUGACGUCAGGAGCGGAAACGCCCCGCGCACGAGCCCCUCCCCCUCACCAUGACAACCUCCGCUUCCCAGCAUCGUCAGCGGUUCUGGUCCCAGAAGAGCGGGUCGUGCUGAUGCGAGCCGGAGGAGCCGCCGUCAUGGCCGCCUCCCCGCCGCUGCUGUGCCUCCUCCUGCUGUGCGCGCCGAGCCUGGGCCUCGGCCGCGGCUCCUCGUCCUCCCUGUCGGACCUGCGGUCCAGGAUCUCCGGGGUGGAGGAGCUGCUGGAGGAGUUCCGGAAGCAGCUCCAGCAGAGCCAGGCGCACCGCGCGGCCGAGGGCUCGGACGCGUGCGUGGGCGAGUUCAGCGCCGCCGAGCAGCGCAUCAUCCGGACCAAGGCCUCGGUGGAGCAGGGCGCCACCUUCCUGCUGGCCCCGGAACGCGUCUUCUCCUGGAGGGACUGCGUCCACGCCUGCUGCUCGGAGCCGCACUGCACCGUGGCCCUGCUGCAGGCGGAGCCGCGGCCGCCCGCCCAGAGCCUCAACUGCUACCUGUUCAACUGCACCUACCGCGGCAGGAGCGUGUGCUCCUUCGCGCCGCAGCCGGGCUUCACCUCCUACAGCCGCCCGGCCAACGCCUCGCUCGGACACCUGCCCGCCAGGGGGCGCCCGCAGGACGGCUCUCCAGGGUCGGAGGUGGACGAGCCUCCUCGCAGUGACGCCGGCCAGGACGUGGUGAUCCAGCUGCCCACCGACUGGGCCGUGCUGGACGGCAGGGAGAGCGUGGACGACCACGGGAUCACGCGCUACGAGUGGACGCUCCUGAAGGGCGACUCGGCCAUCAGCAUGAAGGCCACUCACCCCGGGCUCCUGAAGAUCAGCGACCUCCAGCAGGGGCUCUACACCUUCCAGAUGACCGUGACCGACACGUCCGGCCAGAAGAGCUCCGACAACGUCUCCGUCACCGUGCUGGCUCCCCAGCACCAGCCUGAAGUCUGCACCGGCCACUGCUCCAACUACCAGUUCAAGUGCGACGACGGCUGCUGCGUGGACAUCACGCUGGCCUGCGACGGGAAGCAGCACUGUCCGGACCGCUCCGACGAGGACUUCUGCCCCAACUUUGACGGCGGUCGGAAGUCCGUGACCCACCCCGAGGGUCGGCCCGGGGAGCCGGGCCGAGCGGAGGACGGGCCGGUGGCUCAGCCCGAGCCCAAGAAGACGGUCCAGGAUGUGACUCCGCCUCAGGACAGACCCAAAGACCUGCCUCAGGAGGACUCAGACCCGUGUGCUGCCGCCCCGGUGGUGGGACCGUGUAAAGGCACGUUUGCUCGAUGGUACUUUGACCGUGAGGCGGGACAGUGCAAGCACUUCCUGUACGGCGGUUGCCAGGGGAACCACAACAACUUCCUGCAGGAGUCCGACUGCGUGGGUGAAUGUAUUCACAGAGGUGCCGCGGCUUUCAAACCGCCAACGGCAGCGCCCGCCGCCUCCCGCCAGCCGGACACAGCCGGCACCAGAGUGUCGCAGAAGCAGCCCUUCCUGGUGACGGGAGGACACCCAGGCCCAGAGUCAGGUGCCAUCCUACCCCUGGCGCUCGGCAUCCUCAUCACGGCGCUGCUGCUGCUCAUGAUCGGCUGCAGGCUGCGGUUGGUGCGCCACAAGAUGAAGAAGGCGCGGCCUCUGACCACCGAGGAGUCUGACUACCUCAUCAACGGCAUGUACCUGUAGCCCCGCCCACACAGCUGCUCUCGCCCUGGAGACCGGAAGUGCUUCUGUUCCAUCCUCGCAGGUCAUGUGACCCGAGCUCACGUGUUUUUCAAUUCCCUCAGGUUGGUGUUACUGUCCUGCCAAGUUCCACAACAGAAUAGUUUUAGUUUCCAUGAAGUGUUCAAGAAAAAACCCUAAAUCUGACAUAGAUUAAAAGCAUACUCAGAAGGAAGCGUUUUCUAGCUGAAACACUCCGAUUCAUGUGGAAGAAAAAACGUGAUUGUCAACAGAAGGGAGCGUUUGUUUGGCAGUGAAGUCACGUCAUCUGUUAAAAUGACCCCUCCUUCUCUCCAGAUUCUCCUUUUGUUCUUGUCGAUUCAGAAAUGUUUGUCCUGUGAAGCUACAAAUAUACUCGGAUGAUUCACCCUG